UGUAGUAUCGUACGCGGUAAAUGUAACCAGUAACAUGUAACAUGCUAUUAUAUUAUUUGCAGUUAUAGAAUCGUUUACUUGAUAGCUUCAAUUUAAAAAAAAAAAGAAAGAAAAAAAAUUAAUUCUUUUUGAAAGAACAUACGAUGGAUUAUAAAGAGGAACAACGAAAUGAAAUCGAGGCUUUGGAAUCGAUUUAUUGCGGAGAAUUGGAAAUAUUAAGUACAGAACCAUUCUAUUCGUUUGCUAUACCAAUCAAGACAGAGGAAUAUGAAGCUGAAACGGAUAAUGGACUGAGUUGUAGAUUAGAAUUUACUUAUACGUCAAAAUAUCCAGACGAACCCCUUGUUGUUUCUAUUCAAGAUCCAGAAAAUUUUGAGAACGGUAGCGGGGAGAAAUUGAAGGAACAUUUGGUCGAACAAAUGAAUGAAAAUUUAGGUAUGGUAAUGGUAUUUACGUUAGUUAGCGCAUCACAGGAAUGGAUGAAUGUACAAUGGGAUAAAAUCAAAUUGCACAGAGAAGAAUCAGCCGCUUUGAAAUUAAAAGAGGAGGAAGAAGCUGAAAGAAAAAGAUUCGAAGGAACAAGAGUUACCGUAGAAACGUUUCUUAGUUGGAAGGAAAAAUUUGACGAAGAAAUGGGAUAUACUAAGAGAAGAGAAAUGGCAGAACGAGAGGGAAAGAAAUUAACCGGAAGAGAAUUAUUUAUGACUGAUAAGACAUUGGAUCAAUCCGAUCUCAAAUUCUUAGACGAUGGAGAUGCAGUUAAGGUCGAUGAAAGCUUAUUUCAAAAUCUCGAUGAUCUUGAUUUGGAGAACGACGAUGACGACGACGACGACGACGACGACGACGACGAUCCCGAUUUUGAUCCAAACUCUUCCUAUGAGAGUGCCUAAAGAAAUCUAAACUAAUAAUUAUUUAUUAAGUGCUUAUUGUCUUUUAAUUGACCAUCGAGAAAGUUCAUACGACUUACUAAAUGUUCGAACUUAAAAUUAAUAAAUUAAUGUAAUUUUAAGUCUUGAGAUAUUUAGUGAGAUAUUAAAAAUUAGAAAUCAAAACUGAAGGUACAUCUUUAAAAUAAAUUUUUUUCAAAUGAUCGGUGCUGUUCUCGUAAUAUAUUCGAUGGCUACUAUAAGAAGUAAUUAUUGUAAUUAACGAUUGAUAUAUGAGAGAGAGAGAGAGAGAGAGAGA